GGACCUUCCCUCGCCUCAAGUCAAGGAGACAGCCGCGUGCACCCGCGCUCGGUUAUCUGGCGGCCCCCCGCUGGUUCCAAGCUCACUAGUAUCAACACCACACACUGAUCCGGGAACAGCAGCAGCAGCUCCUCUCUCCCAUCUCAGCACCCGCCUCACCGUGGUGCGUCCCAGACGCGCUCUCUCCAGUUCAGGAUGGACUCGCCUCCUUCUCUUCACCUUUCCCACUGACUGUGACGCUGCUGUAGUUUGGUGGGAGUUCCCGGGGAAGGAGCUGGAACUGAUCCUCUGUCCGCUGUUUCGCCUUUCCACUGGGUUUUUAAUUUGAUUGAACUGUCACUGUACACUCAUCCGCGGGCUCCGAAAUGGGAAUGUACAUACAUCUGCUGCUUUUGCAGUACUAUUUCGUCUCGAGUUUUGUGUGCAAUGCCGUCGCUUUCGUGGAGGAACCCUCCGGGGGCAGGUCGGACGGGUACUGCGGGCGGAUCCUCCGGGCGCCGACACAUGGGACCCGGAAGGAUGGCCACCAUGAGUUCAGGCUCAGAGUGGAGGGGGACCCGGAAACCUACCAGCCCGCCAGCACCUACAGAGUGGUACUCCUGGCAACCAGCCCUGCUUAUUUCAGAGGUUUUACCCUCAUCGCGCUGAAGGAGGGCAGAGAGGGCACCACAGACGACGACUACGCCGGCCAGUUCCAGAUCAUUGAUGAGGAUGACACGCAGUUCAUGACCAACUGUGCCCCCGCAGUGACGGAGAGCACACCUCGCAGACGCACCAGGAUACAAGUCUUCUGGACAGCGCCGCCUACUGGGACUGGCUGUGUUAUACUGAAGGCCAGCAUUGUCCAGAAGAAAGUCAUUUAUUUCCAGGAUGAAGGCUCUCUCACCAUUCGGCUGUGUGAGAAAGAGCGUGUGUUCGGUGAAGCCACAGAAACUCCUGCCAUGGAGUGCUGCGCCUGUGGAACAGCCAAGUACAGACUCACCUUCUAUGGCAACUGGUCAGAGAAAGUACAUCCCAAAGACUACCCAAGGCGAGCAAACCACUGGUCGGCUCUGAUUGGUGCGUCUCACUCCAGAGGCUACGUGCUGUGGGAGUACGGAGGCUACGCCAGCGAGGGCGUCCGUCAGGUCGCUGAGUUUGGCUCCCCCAUCAAGAUGGAAGAAGAGAUUCGACAGAAGGGAGAUGAAGUGCUGACUGUCAUUAAAACUAAGGCUCAGUGGCCGGCAUGGCAGCCGCUCAACCUGCGAGCAGCUCCAUCAGCAGAAUUUUCUGUGGACCGGACCCGUCACCUGAUGUCCUUCCUCACCAUGCUCGGGCCCAGCCCGGACUGGAAUGUCGGACUUUCAGGAGAGGACCUCUGUACCAAGGAGUGUGGCUGGGUCCAGAGGCUGGUGACAGAGCUCAUUCCCUGGGAUGCAGGCACUGACAGUGGUGUCACAUAUGAGUCACCAAACAAGCCCACCAUUCCUCAGGAGAAGAUCCGACCCUUGACCAGUUUGGACCACCCCCAGAGCCCGUUCUACGACCCCGAGGGAGGGGCAAUUAACCCUGUAGCCAAGGUGGUGGUGGAACGUAUCGCUAGAAAGGGAGAGCAGUGCAAUGUGGUCCCAGACACCAUAGAUGACAUUGUAGCUGAUAUUGGACAGGAGGAGAAGGAGGAAGAUGACACACCAGAGACGUGUAUCUACUCAGGCUGGUCUCCCUGGUCGGCGUGUAGCAGUGCUACAUGUGACAAAGGCCGCAGGAUGAGGCAGAGGAUGCUGAAGGCCCAGCUGGACCUCAGCAUGCCUUGUCCACAUACUCAAGAUUUCCAGCCCUGCAUGGGACCGGGAUGCAGUAUGGAGGAGCCAUCAACGUGCAUGAUGUCGGAGUGGAUCAGCUGGUCGGCCUGUAGUGUGUCCUGUGGGAUGGGGAUGAGGUCUAGAGAGCGAUAUGUCAAACAGUAUCCUGAGGACGGCUCGCUCUGCCAGCUUAACACAGAGGAGACGGAGAAGUGUGUCGUCAACGAUGAAUGCUCACCAAGCAGCUGCGUGGUGACUGAGUGGGGUGAGUGGGACCCCUGCAGCGUCACCUGUGGUUUGGGUAUGAGGAGACGUGAGCGCAUGGUGAAGAUGCCGCCUAUAGACGGAUCGAUGUGUAAGACCGAGGUGGCCGAAGUGGAGAAAUGCAUGAUGCCAGAAUGCCAUACCAUCCCUUGCAUGCUGUCACCCUGGUCUGACUGGAGUGAGUGUAGUGUGACGUGUGGGCGGGGCAUGCGAACACGCCAGAGGAUGCUAAAGUCUGAUCCUGCAGAGUGCAACGAGGAGCUGGAGCAGACGGAGAAGUGCAUGCUGCCCGAGUGCCCCGUCGACUGCAUGCUCUCCGAGUGGUCAGAGUGGUCCGAGUGCAACAAGUCCUGCGGUAAAGGACAUACCAUUCGGACCCGUAUGCUCAAACUGGAGCCGCAGUUCGGGGGCAGCGCUUGUCCCGAGACCAUCCAGAGGAAGAAAUGCAAGAUCAGGAAGUGCGGGAAAAAAUCAAAGGAGACGAGAGGACAUAGAGUUGAAGGUGGAGGAGGAGGAAGAGGAGGAGGAAGAAAUAGAAGGAGACCGGGUGCACGGGGAAGACAAGGAGCAGAGGAGGAGCCAGGUUGCAGGAUGCAGCCGUGGACCAUCUGGACGGAUUGCACCAAACAAUGUGGAGGGGGGAUCCAGGAGCGUUUCAUGGCAGUGAAGAAAAGAGCUAAAGGCCCUCAGAUGUCCGGCUGUAAGGACCGGAAGGAGAUCCGUGCCUGUAACGUUCAUCCCUGCUAGGGGGCACUACUGAGCUGCAGAGGAGGGGAGAGGAGCAGCAGGAUAAAUACAUGAGUUAUGAAUAAAUGGGUUUAUUUGAUAAAGAUGAUGAUGGGGAGGAACUUUUUGUGUACAGAGGGGUGAGGAUGAUGUUUGACACUUUGGAAAAAGGAGAUGAGUGUAGGUAAGGAGAGGGGAAGGGAGAAGACAGGAGGAUAAAAGGAGAAGAAGAUAAUGUGCUGUGUAGUGAAGCCAUUGUAGGCAUUUAGUUAACAGGGCUGACUUUUACUUUAGACCACAAUGGAAGUAUUAGAGAGUAAUGUCUGUGUCCUGCAAAAAAAUAAAAUCAGCUUUUCAGGAAUUUUGAGAAAAAAAAACUUCAGUAGCUUUGCCAUUGAAACAUGUGACUUUUUUGUGUAAUUUCAGCAGUUUUGGCCCCUGGGGUAUGGAAUAGGGUUGGGACUGAGAUUUGCUCAAAACACACUGACACUGGGAUUUCUGGCAUGUGUCUGCUUCGUACUUCCUGACACAAAGAUGCCUUCUCCAAACAUCAUUACUGAUACCAAGCAAGUGUUGUAGCUAUUGUCCCCAUUUGAAAUGCUAUCAUUAUCGUAAUAUAACUGGAUGGACUUAUUUGUUUUAGCAGCUUCUUACGAUACUUAUCCGAGUUAAAAUGGCAGCCUGUUGCUGUGUGGCAUAUUAUUUGUAGAAUAGGUGUGAAGCAGCAGAGUAAUCUGGAAAUGCAAACAGUGCAGGUGGUUCAACUAUCUUAACCAGCGAUGUAUUUACCAUAUACCUAACUAACCACAUAGUGAAAUUGGUCUGGAAGCCACUUACAACCCAUGACAUAGCCAUAUCUCAGCUAACUGUAUGACCACAGCUGGCCCUGUUCUGGCUCUGUGUUGGACCAGACAGGUUUAAGCACUGGUUCCGGAUGUUGACUUAACCUUAACCAAGACACUUCAUUAAUACAUACACUUGUCAUAAAUUGCUAAGAUGAAAAAUGCUGCCAGCAACAGUACCAUGAACUAAAUAUUUAUUGAUUUUUCACAUCACGCCAUUUGCAACACUGUAAAAUGUCAUGUCACUCUUCCUCUCUUCUCUUCUCACUUCAUGUGUUGAAAGUAGUUAAAUGAGUAAAGCCAGCCAACACUGAACACUUGUAAACAGUUUCCUACAAAGAGUGCUGAAACUUGUGUGUCCAACACAGGGCCAGAACAGGGCAGCAAUGGUCAUACAGUUGGCUGGGAUAUGGCUAUGUCAUGGGCCAUUUGUGGCUACCAGAUCUGGCCCACAUGUGGACCACAGUUCAUUGCUGUAUUUGGGCUGAGUGUAGGGCCCGGACCAGUUUUGCUCUGUGGGUAAAACAGCCAGAGAUAUGUAGAUCUUAUGCAGGUAUGUUGCAAUCUCAAUGUUAUCUUUGGUAUUUUCGAGGCAUAAAAGACUUUUGUUCCCUGACUUUAGCCUUUAAGGCAGGCAACAUAAGGACACCCUUAAAAAGGCACCAAGCCUGGGGAGAAGAGCUGUCUUAAGGACCAACAAAAGUCCCAUCGCUUGUUGUAAUUUCAACACCCAUGAGCUUCAUGGAAGUGGAUGAUUAUAGUUUAAGCUAGUAGGCUGCUGUGGGCACACACAAUUACAAAUAUGAAGCAAACACAGCGAGGCACAAUAUCAAACACAAGGACAAUGGUAACACAUGCGAGCUACAGGAAGGACAUUCCCACUGCGCGUUUUUGUCAUCUCAAAGAUAAUUUACUUCUAUUAAGAGCACUUGUUGUUCUACUACCACAUGACGAAUAACAUCAGACAAAUAAUAAUCACAAUCAAUCCCAUCAAACUGUCAACCAUAGUAUGGAGUACUAUUUGUUGUCAGCUGUCCCUUAUUGAGAGAAAGCGUAAACAGACUAAACUGAAGAUGUAGGAUUUUUGCAAGACAUAGAUGCUCACACAGAAAGUCUCUAAAGACUUAUGGAUGUACUGUAUAUCUACUAUCUAACCAACACCUAUAAAUGACACUACUAUGUAAGUACUAAAAACCACUUUCCCUAAUAGACAGAUACAUUUAAAUGGAGAUGUUUUAUACUGUUAAAAUUAGUCUUUAUAUACUGUACUGCUGUUUAUCUGUCGUUUCAGCUGAUGUAGCAUUAAACCUGCGCUAGCUCUCAGAUCUUCUUUUAGCAUGUGCAAAGGUGAUUAUGUUUGGUUGGACAUUCUGCUUUCUCUGCCGUAGAUGUAGUCUUAAAACAGAUAGCUAAAUGACUGUACCCGGUUCCUGAAAACACAGACCGACGGAGCCGUAGAAGUGUCCACUGGUGCAAAGAGGUUGUGUGGAGAACAUUGCAGAGCUUUCUACAGUAGCAAGAACUGUAGGACAGCUCAACAUACAGUAGACUGUUACUGGGGCCUUGGUUACACACACUUUAUUUUCAUGUACUGUUUUUAUUGUGCUUUUCAUUGUAUUGCCAUCAUGAGAGUGAUCUGUAAAAUCUUUUCUAGUAUUACUUUAGAUUACGUUGCAGGUUUUGUUCUGUUUUAAUAAAAAUGUCAUCACCAAAGUUCUAUUUUCUGUAGAUGUUUUCUUGACUUUUCUGAUUUCAGGCCUCUGUCUUUUGUUUCUUUGCCUCUGUAUCACGUGACUAUUUUCUAAGAAACCACCUUUACAAUAAAAAAUGUAAAUGUGAACAUCAA